UUUUUAUUAAAUAAUUUGUUAUAGAUGCCAGUGCUACUCCUGUACUUGAUGUACAGGACUCCACGGAGGCCGCUGUAGUUACUGAGACAGCUGCUGCUACAUUUGAAGUUGACUGGUCUCAGUACACUCCAGCAAUGUUGAGAGCACCAGUUACCACAGCACUUGUUGCCUCAAGGAGUCCAUCACCUGAGGCAACUGGCAGUAGAGUGGAACCACCACAUGAAAGAACAACUAUCACUCCACCUAGAGCAUCCACUGAACGCCCUAUAGCGACGGCAAGUCACAGAAGGCCAAUUUUAAUGCGUGAAAGCCUUAACGAGCAACGCAUCAACACGUUGCUAAAAUGUUAUAAAAAUGCUGAUGAAGAACAUGCCGCAAAUAUGGCAAUUAUGCGGCUUCAAGAGCAGAGGGAGAAAGAAAUGCUGGUACAAGAAAAAUUAAAAACUGAACAAGAAGAAAUUAAACUUGAAAUUUUAAAAUUACAAUUAAAAAAAUUACAAUAAAUUUACAAGACACUUGUAUUUUAAACUUUAUGGAGUUUAUCCAUUUCACCCCCUGAUGUACCCUACUCUAUUUGUUCUGGGUAUGGUAGGGUAUGUAGGAUAUAGCUAAGGUACAAGAUAAUAUACAUAACAAAUACUUACAUAAAACAUACACACAUACACUCACAUUCAUACCAUAACACCUAAUACUUUACAACAUUUGUACACGGCCUUAUGCUUCCGCACGCUUGUACACACCCUUAGCUAUACCUACACACGGCCCGGCCGCUAGCGGAGCCCCAGCCCGCGUUGAUGGACUCGGACGCCUCGCGUGUUCGCGGAGUCGCCCGCUUGACACAUCGAGCGCUGUCGUCGCCGUCGCCUCCCCGCGCUUGACCCGCACGCGCCCCCUCGCUCGCCCACACACUCCGCCACGGCUAGUGAUCGCGCGCGCAUCGAAAUCACAAAAA